UUCUGUGGUUUCAUCUCUUUUCUCUGUUUGUCUCCCCUCUCUCCCUUACUCUCCUCUCUUCCUCUCUCUCUCUCUCUCUCUCUCUCCUGUGUUCUCCUGAGGGAAGAUUGACACAGCAUUUUCAGCUCCAGGCUGCAUGAGGACGCACACAAGAAGAGCGUGGACAGGCAGGAUUACAGUCGGCGAAGGAGGCAGCAGAGGACUGUCACGGAUUAAAAGAAAGAAAGAAACAAUUGGGAUGAAAGAAUGAAGAAGAAACUAAAAGAAGAAACUUAACAGAAGGGAUUGGAGGCCCCAUGAAUUUUGGGAUGUGGGACUUUCGACCUGCACAUUGAAAGUAGAUUUUGAGAAGUAAAGUGGUGCGAAAGGUGCUCAAAUUUCAACAAAGAGUCAGGGGACAUCUGCUAACUUUCUGGGUGAGCCUGAUUUAUUGUCAAUUUCAAAAGCAUGCAACAGAAAUCUACUUUUUAAAUUAUGUUUUUAAUUGUUGGAUACAUUUCUUUCCUUUAAGUGUCAGACAUUGCAAUUAGUUAAUUUUUAUUCUAAAUUAGAGUGAUUUUGUGAGUAAAAUUAGCACUUUAUCAGACUUACCAAAGCUGCAGCAUCAUGACAACUGUUGUGUCCUCUAAAAAGCAGAAAUGCUUCUAUUCUCUUUGUGUACUUAAUAGCUCUGCUGAACAGAUGAUGCUCAAACACAUCCUCUCAAAAUGUUGUCAUUGGCUACAAAAUUAGAGCUCCAUCUUAAUUCUAAGAUUCACGCUGUUCUAGUUUUAUCUCCAUUUUGGUUUCAGUUUCAAGCUGCUCUAACUUCCUCUUUGGAGCAACUUUAGAUACCAGUGCUGGAAGUAUGUUGGCUGCUUUUGCAAUCAGUAAACAAAUAUUUGGUGUGACACCAAACUAGUCAGGUCUGCAGAUAAAAACACGGAUCACAGUUACCGAGGGGUCAAUGAAAAGAAACUAGAGGUUUAUUACGUCAAAAAAGAUGCUAUUUUCACUAUCAUGGCUAAAAUUUCAGAGAUGUCAGGAUUAUACAGAUCAUUUUGUUAAAAGGGAUUAUUUAGAUGUUCUGUAUUGUGUUUCACAAGUAUCCAAAUACAGCAAAGAUAACAAAUGAAGCCAGUGGAGAGAUGAUUGUCUGGGAUGUGAGGGCAGCGUGGGAAUGACUCUUUGCCUCGGCUGACUGCUGCUCUGUGGGUUGGCUCGUGACAGGCAGAAGCAAAAGCAGGCAGGGUUUGCAUCGGUUAGCCCUCAUAUGAAGAUAGUACAGAAGAAGAAAACAAGGAAGUGAGGAGAACCUGCUCAGGACCACUGACUUUAAGAUCCCAACAGGAUCACAACAUAGGGGGAGACUCAUUGAGACUCCAAAUGUCUGAUUUGGCUGAUUUUAUCACUAAUGUCAAACUGUUAUGUGCUUCCUUUCAACAUUUACAUAUCUGGAUUAUUGAUUAUUUACAUGACAGUAGAUCAGAACAAUCACAUUAUCAGUUACUGUAGUGUGGACAGAAAACCAUGUGUAGGCAUUUUAAAAAGUUUGCCAUAAACUCAAGGGAGGGAGAAGAUAUUCACUGAGUGAAGAAACCUGAUCCUAGAAACCUGAUCUUAUCCCAAAAUGUAUAAGUUACAUAACCUACCACUUGGCCCUCAACACUCCCCACAAAACAGAAAAGUGACAACAGAGAAAGAGGUCUAUAUAGGGGUGAUAAAAAGGGGACAGGGAGGAAAGAGCCAGGGCAAGAAGUCUUUGGGCCUGCUUCGAUAGGCUGUAUACUGUAUUUCCCCUUUCUCCUUUAUUCUAACAAAUGAAAGAUAAGCCAGGAAAAGACACCUGUUCGGGCAAGCGUUCAUCCCUGUCAGGUUGGGCUGUACACUCUACCUCCCUCUACUUUUCCAUAUCAAGAAGGUAGAAAGAGGAGAUUAGAGAGAAAGGGAAGGGAGAGUCAGGGAAAGAAGCCUGUUUAGGGUUAGACUCAUCCUACCAAAUUAGGCUGUACGCUCUGCCUUCCUCAACUCUAGUAUUUCCACAUUUCCAUCAGAGAGAAAGGGGACAGGGGAGGCAAAGCCAAGGCGACACACCCGUCUGGCCAAGAACUCACCCUUCUCAGCUAGACUGUACACUCUGCCUUCCCUUUUUUCCUCCAUUCAAUAGAUCAAGCAAAGUGAAGGAAAGAGAACAUGAAAAGAGGGCACUGUAGAAAGAUGUUACAGGGAGAGCAGAGAAGUCUGUUUGAGUUAGGAGUCACUUCUGAUGGGUUAGGCAGUACAAUACCUUCCAUCUCUCAAAAUGAGAAGAGGAAGACAAAAAGAGAUUAGAUCUAUUUGUAGAAAGAUGUUGGACAGAAGACAAGGACAGCAGAGUUCAGUUAUUUCAUCAAAACCCACUUUGGAUGAUUUUCCCUUUUUUUAUAAAUAGUGACUCAUAAAUUUAUUCUAUUAUUUUCCAUGUACUUGCUGUAUCCCUCAGGUUAUAUCUGGACAAAUAGUCUCUCUAAUUGUAUCAGUUUUUUUUUGUCUGUGUCUGAUGUCACUGCAUUUUCUCAGAGAUGGUUACUCAAGAUUUCAAGGGAGGAAACUUCUCCAUUUUAAUCCCAGUCGCCCUCGCCCCACCUGCCUGUUCCUGUCUUCGCAUGCGAGGAUUAACAGUUAUGAAAUCUCCAGAAGUUUGUUCCCAACAUCAUGACUACCUGUCUUUUUCAGAGAUUCAGAGAUUAUGACCUGACAACAGGAAGUAAGAGAUACGGAGACGCUUAUUCACCUCUACCAUGUGUUGCAAACGUGGACGUAAUAAUUUACAAGAACAGUGGUUGAGUUUAGCCUUUGGUAACUUUGAAAGCUCUAAAAAUAGACUGGGAUUAAAGUUCAUGUUAAAUAACUCUUUCUUAAACGUGGUGUCCGUGGUUAUGGUCAGUUCAUUUCAUACCAAGUUAUUCCCACAUUUGAGAAAGUCGCUUUUAAAGCAAAAUACAAGCAAAGAAAUUAGAUUAACUUACCUUAUCUGUGUUGGAAAUGGCAGCAUGGUUUGACAUGUUUUGGCCUCUCAGAGUGAGCAGACUAUUUUGUUUUCAAGAUUGCCAGAAAAAAAAGCCUUUUUAUCCAGAAAACCACAACCUUUUUAUCCCGGGGUAACAAAAAAACAAGUCAAGAUGUUGAACAACAACUUGAACUAACUUGUUUUCAUGGAAAAAUCACCAUCUUUUAUCUUAAGAUAAAUAAAUAAAUUAAUAUUUUAAGGAAACAAUUAAAAAUAGCAAGUUUUUUCACAUGAUAACAGAAAAUAAAAUGUAUGGAUGCAUGUCAGCUCUGGGCUUCCAUACAAAGCUAUUUGCCAUUUUGCUAUGACUAAAAUGAUUCACAAAUACAAAUUUGGGUUUAAGAAGUGUUAAUUUUGUCAAUAUAGGUCUUAUAUGCAAAAACACAUCACAUGAAUAUUUCCAUGAUGUAGGUCCAACUCUCAAAAGCCCUCUUCUUUUGUUAUUUACAGCUUCUUUUGGAACCACAAACCCUGAAUCAAAAUAUUUAACACAGCACUAUCAAAGUAAAACUAUAGGGUGAAAAGUCUGAGCUUCUACAAUAAUCACUAACAAAGAUCAUAGAAGUGAAAACAAAGAAGGAAAAUGGUGAUUAUUUUCUUUAACGUGCUUCUGUAGUUAGUGCAGUGUCUUCAGGCCGUAGCGUUGGGGAAAUAAGUGGUUUAAAGCGAAACAUAAAAGCUUCUUGAAAACAAUCUUUAACCCGAGUCUCUGAUUACAGUUAUACAGAUCAGAAAGGGCUCCGCUAAGAGACGCCUCAGACAUCUUAUUUAGAAUUAAAACCUAAUGUAGAUUCUGCAGUGCUGCCCUUUUGACCUUUCUACCAUCCCAUCUCUCCCUCCCUCUCUGACUCAUGUUGUAAGAGCACUUAGUACUGUGCACUACCUCCCCACAACACCCUGCCUGUGGUGACUCUCUCCACUUCUCCUCAUCCCCUAAAUGCCACUGGGUUUGUGUCUCUAUGGAAACUGGCUCCAGUGAAAGUCCCCAGUUUUACCUGUGGACCAGUAUGCAUACUGUGUGUGUCUAAUUUUUAUUGUAAUACACCAGGACCUGCUCUCUGCAUCUGUGUCUGUUAGGCUUUUAAAAGAAUCGACUCCAAACAUGGGACUCUCCUCAUGAUACAUGGUCACGCAGUAGUGCCUUUUACAUCGUAGAGUUGGAAAAAGUUAUCUCAAAGCUGGGGUUUUGAUUGGAAUCAGGGGUCACCUGUACAGGGACAACCAAAACAAAACAUUAAAAUGUAGACCACAUAUCCAUCACAUACACAGAAGCUGUCCCAACUAAUUCAACUAAUUUGCCACAGGUUAGUGACAUGAUGAAAAAAAAGGCAGUCCACGGAGGCGGGGUUCCUCAGAAGUGAAAAUAGAAAGAGGUUCACCACUUUGGGAGAGACUGUGUGGGCUAAGUUAGUUCAGCAAUGUCAGAGUGAUGGUUAUUUUUAUUUAUUUUAUUGAAGUAUCUCAUCACACACGGUACAACCUAUCAUUUAAAGAUUCAGGAAAUCUGGAGAAAAGGGACAAGGCUGAUAAGUGAUACUGGGUGUAUGUGAUUUUAGGGCUCUUAGGCAGCUCUGUGUCAAAAACAGACUUGACUCUGUAGUGGAGAUCACUGCAUGGGAUCAAAAUUCAACAUUGUCUGUGAACACAGUCCCAUUUUUUAUUUGCAUUCACAUAUGCAGGCAUGAAAAGAAGAAAUCAUACAUAAGCAUGAACCACAAAGACCAGAGAAUUGACAAGAUGAUCAGAGUAACAAGAUAACCCUUUCAUAAAUAAGAAUUUUGUGCAUGUUUUUUUUUCUAAAUUAACAAAACAAGAAAAAACUGAAUUAUCUUAUCUAAAAACAAUUUUCGUUACUUUGAGAAAUUCACUGUGUUACUUCAGAAAAAAAGGAGCAAAGUUUUUAGGGGAAUGUGAUACACUGAUCUGACAGAGGGUGUAAUUGGACACUCUUUUUGGAAACCAUGGACCUUUCAUCCUCCACUCCAAAUAGGUGAGAGACCACCUCAGUUUCAGAGGUGGGAUGUAAAAGUGUCCAUAGCAUGGGUAGUUUACAUACCUGGGGAGGCACCAUUAACGCUUAACAAUAAAUAAAGGUUUUAGAGCAACAUAUGCUGUCAUCCAGACUGUGCGUGUUUCAAGAACACUGUGCUUAAUACAACAAACAGAUACUAGACUUCAUUCUGCUCACAUUAAACAGCAUUACUGUGUGGUAGAAGAGUCAGGGUGCUAAACAGCCAGCCUACAGUCCUGACUUAUCACCCUUAUUAUAUCUUAUUAUAUACGGUGAUAUAAUUAAUUAUGAGGCUUAAAUAAUUUGUUCAGCAUCAAUAUUUAAAGAUUGGGUUUGUAAAUCAACAGUAUAAUAAACUUUAGAGGGAAGGAAAGAAAAGGAAACACAAAUAUAGUGACACCAAGGCCUGUUGUGCAAAGAUCCGAUGUUUUCUACAUUGCCAUAAGAGAAGUUGCAGGAUAUGUUUUUGACUGUGAAAAAAGAAGCAUUUUUACUUAAGGGUUAACCUAAAAUUUGAUUAGAUUGGCCAAAGCAGUCCUGAGGAUCUUGCACAACAAUGCAGACAUUUUGGAGUACAUUCAUCCCAAAAACUGCUGCAAGCUAUCUCAAAAUUUCCCCAGCUUUUUUAAGAAAUGUGAACAAAAAUAGCCAUGACCACAAUUUCAUCUUGGAUUAACUACCUGCUUUGUUUUUAUCAUGAAAAGAUUAUCUAACAGGACUUCCUUUGUAUUUCUGGACAGGCUGUUUUAUGUAAUCCUAUAAAAGCCUUGUGCUGUAUUCAUGUGAUGUAAGAGACAAGAUUGUCCUGGAAAAAAAAAUGCAAAUUUCUACUUUCUUUCAGGCUUUGUAAAAAGUUUUUCCACACUAGGCCAAAAUGUUUCCAGAAAUGAAAGAAGAAAAUGCGGAGGCCAGUUCAAUCAAAACAUUUUGUUCAUCUCUUACUAAAAGCUUUACUGACCCUUUUAACUCAAAAUCUUUUUUGCCUCACUACAUUUUGUGGGGCGUAGUCAUCUCAAGUAUUCAGAGCCAAAUUGUGAGCAGUAGCAUUGGCAAUAGGGGGUUGUUAGAUGAAUGUAUCAAAAACAGCUUUUUCUGUUCAAACAUGUAUGGAUUCUGGGCUUUGUGUCUCUCUUAAGCUGCCCUCCACAAAGGCCUUUACAAAGGUAAAAAUAUACAUGUAUAAAUAAAAUAUGUUGGUUUUUUUUUUUUGCUGGACAUAGUGCUCAAAAUAGUUUUUCACCACUCCUUUAUAUAUUCAAAAAAGUGGACAGCAAAAACAGACUGGGGAUAAUCCACAGCUAGUUAGACAGUUAAAGCUCCUGAGGAACUUUUAGUUAGUAUUGGUGUCCCUUACCAAAAAAUUAUACCUCAAGUACAUUUUAUGAAGUAUACUGAAGGUCAUUUUAGUAUACUUCCCAAAGUAUACUAUACUGAUGCAAAUAUACUUCAGUAAGCACAGUAAUGGUUAUGGAGAGUCACUCUUGUGUUUGCUCUCACUGUUUGUCUUUAUCUGUCAACAGAGAUGUCUCUUCAUAGCAUAAAAUAAUAAUUUACACUAAACUGUUUUGACAAGUUAACACCUGGACAUAGGUCAGUCUGAUAAGAGUUAACAAUGACUGAAACCAUGUUUUAAUUUCAUUUAUCCUAUUUGUAUUUUCACAUGAAGGAUGUGGGCUUUAUGAUCUGCAGUGUAGCCAGUCCGUUGGGGAAGCUCCAAAUGUUUUGACUUUUAUUGCCAUCUUUUUUUUUUUUUAUAUUGCCCAUCUUUUGAUACAGUCUAUGAUAUCACAAGAAUUAUUCAUCUGUUUGUUUAGGAGCAAGAGACAAGCUGAAAACAUGUGUCCAAAGUAAACACUUGGAUUUAUCUGUGAUGCAAAUAAGCUGCGUCAUCAGUGCAAAAAAAAAAAACACUCCUUAAACCCACAGACAAAAAUCACAGAGCAGGGUCAGGCUGGCUUAUUGUUCUUCAAGACAUUUUGGAGAAUCAAAUCAGGAUUAAGUCCAAAUCCUCUUAUAUCUCUUGUUCACUAAACACACUAGAAUGCACUGUAAUGUUCUUAGAGACGUAAGAGACAAAACUGAUGAAACAAUACUUGAUUGGGUUUAAAACAGUCAACAAAAGGUCAUGUUUUUCAUUUGUUGAGUUCAUCUCUCUGAUCUGGGCUUUUUUCUUUUUUCCUUUAGACUGACCCUCACAUUAGAGGGCCAUGAUUCAACCUGCUGUAAUGUGCCCACUUUUACUGAACCCAUCCAAUAUGAUUCUGUUUCUCUCUGUUUCCCGCACUGAUGUCCUUUCAGUGGUUCAAGCGCCACCUCCAUGGCGGGGGCCUGAUCUGUGGAAGCAGCGCUGAGUCCGGCCUCCCACCCAGGUCCAAUUCCGGGGAUCACUGUUGCCAUGGGAACAAGCAGAUCACACAGGUGAGGGGUUUAAUCUGGAAACAUUAGCCUGUCUGAGACUCUACUUAGCUUUUAUUUACAGAGUACCGGUAUACAACAUUUAAUUAAAUAGUCCUGGUGAGUUUUUCAAAUCACAAUUUUUAGAGCUACAAGUUAUUAUCUGGAUCAUAUAACAGUAAGAGAAAAAGGGGGUCUACUGUUAAAUUACUCAUCCAUCCAAAUUAGCACAUUAAACCUUCUAAUAGUGAAAUAAAUCAGAGAAAUCAAGACAAUAAAAUGUGUAUACAACCCAAAUUCUAAAAAACUAAUUGUUCAUUAAAACAAAGCUUUUGCAAAUUGUUUGGAGGUAGUGCAACCUAUCAAAUAUUAAAACUCGUUCUUGUUUUGUUUGAUAAAAAACAUGUGAUCAUGCAAGUUCAAAAAAGUUGGUACAGGGGUAUGUUUAUCAUGUUGCAUUCCCUUUUCUUUUGACAACAUUUUAUGUACAUUUGCAAACCAAGGAGAUCAGUUUCUAAGGUUUUGAAAAUGAAAUUUUCAUUGGUGGAACUUGGAACUGCAGGUCAGACUCCUUUACUAUAGAGACAUGCUAUUCUAAUACAUGCAGAUUAUAGUUUGGCAUAUUCUUGCUGUAUUAUGCAAGGUCAUUCUUGAAAAAAGUCAUUAUCUGGUUGCAGUCUUGCUACAAACCUGUAUUGUUCAGCAUCAAAGCUGCCUUUCUAGAUGUGUUAGGUUAGCAUGCAGUGAUCACUUAUGCAUCCCCAUACCAUCAUGGAUACUGCCUUUUAAACUAGAUUACAAACCAAAUGGCCACAUUUAAAUCAUUAAGACUCAAAACAAAAAUGUUUGUCCAAAGUAAUAAUUUCAUGUAUCAACUAAAGUAAUUAUACCACAAUAUAAUGCAAAGAAAUAUAGUGUAUUUGCAGCCUUCUGCAAUAUAAAACACAUAGUUAAUUUAACUUAGAGUUUUACCAUUGACAAGAAAAAUAGCCUGUCACAGCCUUAGAUUUCAGGGUGACCAAUCAGAUUUCUAGGGGUCAUGGCCACCCCUUGGAUCUGGCCCUGCUCUAGGUAAGCCCCAAAAAUCCUUUACCCACAUUUGAUUUACACAAAUGAUCUCAAAAACUCUUAUUUUAAACCCUGAACCCUGAUUCUUUCAAAUGCUAUCCUCAUGAGUCCAUUUGUUUGUUGUUUAUGGGAGUUUUCAUGUCAAAGAGUUCCACAACACCUCUCUGCUUUUCACUGUUUUGAGCAUUUUGUUUAUCCUGAAGUCUUAACAAGAGUCAGUAAGUGGGAAUGGACUUGUUAUUUUACUGAGCUGGUCUGGGUGAGUCAGGUCCUGCUCAGGGAUAUUUACAGCAAGAUCUCUAGAAAGGCUGAGGCCAUCCUACAUUGUCCUGACCAGCAGCAGCCAGACACGAACAACUCUUAGAUAGAGGCAGUUACAACAUAUCAUCUGCAUUUAAAACACCAAGACUGAAGGCUUUUUUUUUUCUCUGCAUUGGGUCUUUAACAUAAACAAAAAUAAUCUUGCAAAUGAAAAUGCAAUUUUGGAUUCUACCACCUAAUUUUUGCAUGAUUCUAGCUACAGUACAUCACAGCAUCAAACAUCUGUUCUCCGAAUUAUGAGUGGAUAAAAAACUGAUCAAAAGAAGAAAGGAAGAUUUAUUCAAAUAUAAUCAGUGACAUAUACACUCACCGGCCACUUUAUUAGGUACACCUGUCCAACUGCUCGUUAACACUUAAUUUCUAAUCAGCCAAUCACAUGGCGGCAACUUAGUGCAUUUAGGCAUGUAGACAUGGUCAAGACAAUCUCCUGCAGUUCAAACCGAGCAUCAAUAUGGGGAAGAAAGGUGAUUUGAGUGACUUUGAACGUGGCAUGGUUGUUGGUGCCAGAAGGGCUGGUCUGAGUAUUUCAGAAACUGCUGAUCUACUGGGAUUUUCACGCACAACCAUCUCUAGGGUUUACAGAGAAUGGUCCGAAAAAGAAAAAAUAUCCAGUGAGCGGCAGUUCUGUGGGCGGAAAUGCCUUGUUGAUGCCAGAGGUCAGAGGAGAAAGGCCAGACUGGUUCGAGCUGAUAGAAAGGCGACAGUGACUCAAAUAACCACCCGUUACAACCAAGGUAGGCAGAAGAGCAUCUCUGAACGCACAGUACGUCGAACUUUGAGGCAGAUGGGCUACAGCAGCAGAAGACCACACCGGGUGCCACUCCUUUCAGCUAAGAACAGGAAACUGAGGCUACAAUUUGCACAAGCUCAUCGAAAUUGGACAAUAGAAGAUUGGAAAAACGUUGCCUGGUCUGAUGAGUCUCGAUUUCUGCUGCGACAUUCGGAUGGUAGGGUCAGAAUUUGGCGUCAACAACAUGAAAGCAUGGAUCCAUCCUGCCUUGUAUCAACGGUUCAGGCUGGUGGUGGUGGUGUCAUGGUGUGGGGAAUAUUUUCUUGGCACUCUUUGGGCCCCUUGGUACCAAUUGAGCAUCGUUGCAACGCCACAGCCUACCUGAGUAUUGUUGCUGACCAUGUCCAUCCCUUUAUGACCACAAUGUACCCAACUUCUGAUGGCUACUUUCAGCAGGAUAAUGCGCCAUGUCAUAAAGCUGGAAUCAUCUCAGACUGGUUUCUUGAACAUGACAAUGAGUUCACUGUACUCAAAUGGCCUCCACAGUCACCAGAUCUCAAUCCAAUAGAGCAUCUUUGGGAUGUGGUGGAACGGGAGAUUCGCAUCAUGGAUGUGCAGCCGACAAAUCUGCGGCAACUGUGUGAUGCCAUCAUGUCAAUAUGGACCAAGCUCUCUGAGGAAUGCUUCCAGCACCUUGUUGAAUCUAUGCCACGAAGAAUUGAGGCAGUUCUGAAGGCAAAAGGGGGUCCAACCCGUUACUAGCAUGGUGUACCUAAUAAAGUGGCCGGUGAGUGUACAUCUGUCCUGGUCGUCUGACAGACACACUGACUCAUAUAUAAUCCUAUAAUCCCUGGAGAGAACAAUCCUGCUCAUAUAGCUAAACUGAACUCACCUUCCAAGCUGGUAAUCCUCCAUGUAAAGGAGAGGGGGGUUAGGUUUAGUGUUACAGUCAGGUGACCCGGAGGUGUGUUGGUUUGAGCUGAAAGCUUUUGUUUUUGGAUUAGAUUUGUCUUCUCGUACUAUAUUCAAUGCUGACACUUUCAUAUAGAUUUCACAAACAUUUUCAGUAGUCAAAUCCUGGUCAUUUCAACAAUGCAGUGCUGCUGCGUGUGGAUCAAGUAUCUGGUGAAAACUAUGCUGAAAUAAAAUUUAAAAAAAGAUUUUACAAGAUGCUCCACAUUUCUUAUUUUUGCAGGCAGCUGGCUUCUCUUUAAUUUACCCCUUCAAUUAAAAAACAGACUGACCAAAGACUGAAUUUACAACAAUGAUCUCAUCAAUUUACAAUAGGACUUGUCUUGUUAAUUUACAUUUUUUUCAACUAAUAGUAGCCCUAAUACUCUGAAAUUUCAUGUAUUUUUAGAAAUAUUCCUGCAGAAUUGAUAACCAAAUGAAGUUGUUAAUUGACAAGGAAAAAUUUGCAUAUUUACUACCUUAUUCUUGUAAUUUUAUGUUUUUUGUUUAAUUACAACUGUAAAUUUAAGUCCAUAUUCUCACUAAUUUCUCCUCAAUCUUGAGUUAAAAUGGAUUUAUUCUUGCAUAUUUACGUUUCCCCUAAAUAUCACAGAUUUAUUCCAAGACUUUAAUGAACUUUAAAAGUUUUAGAUGUGAAACUGUUAACUAUGAGUGUUUGUGUAAAUUUUAUGUCAUCAAUUCUUCAAACUAAUUUAUAACCCCCACACUCCCCCUCUCUAAACCCAACAGGUACAGCACUGUGUCCGACAUUAUACCUGGAGAGGAACGCCACAAGAUCUCCAAUUUGGGACUCUGCAACGGACACAGUUCCUCGAACUUCCAACCACACUCAGCCUGGGACACAGACGCAGAAGACAGACGGGGGAGGUCCAGAGCCUCUGCUGCCGUGCCCAGCUCAAGGGGCCAAGGAGGGAUGAACAACUUCAACGGGAAGAUUCUGACGAGAGGCUCCAGCCAAGUACGGAGCCGCUUUGUAAAGAAAAACGGCCAGUGUAAUGUUUUAUUCACUAAUAUGGAGGAAAAGAGGCAACGCUACCUUGCUGACAUCUUUACCACUUGUGUGGACAUCCGCUGGAGGUACCUGCUGCUCAUAUUCUGCACCAGCUUCUUGGUCUCAUGGUUGUUCUUUGGAAUUAUCUUCUAUACAGUGUCUUUGGCACAUGGGGACUUUGAGAAGCACCCAUCAGUAAAAGGAGAUGGGCUGAAUGCUGGAGGGCUGCAUGGACCCCCUUCAGGACACACAGCCGGGGGGCAGACUCAGAGGAUGCCCUGUAUACUUCAUGUCCAGGGUUUCAUUGGGGCGCUCUUGUUCUCCAUGGAAACUCAGACCACCAUUGGUUACGGCUGGCGUUGCGUCACCGAGGAGUGCCCUGUUGCCGUGAUAACCGUGGUUGUUCAGUCCAUUGUGGGCUGUAUUAUUGACUCCUUCAUGAUUGGAACCAUCAUGGCAAAGAUGGCGCGGCCCAAGAAGAGGAACCAGACUCUUGUGUUCUCCAGAAACGCUGUCAUCGCCCUGCGUGAUGGUAAACUGAGCCUCAUGUGGAGGGUGGGGAACCUGCGGAAGAGCCACAUCGUGGAGGCACAUGUCCGUGCUCAGCUGAUACGCUCGUAUGUCACAGCUGAGGGUGAGUUCAUCCCACUGGAGCAGAUGGACCUGAAUGUGGGCUAUGAUGAGGGCACAGACAGGCUCUUCCUGGUGUCCCCUCUAGUUAUAGUCCAUGAGAUAGACAAAGACAGCCCCUUGUACACUUUAAACCGAGCUGAUCUGGAGAAAAAUAACUUUGAGAUAGUAGUCAUCUUGGAGGGUAUGGUGGAGGCCACAGCUAUGACCACACAGUUUCGUAGCUCUUACAUUGCAAGGGAAAUCCUCUGGGGUCACCGGUUUGAGCCUGUGAUCUACGAGGACAGAGACUGCUACAAGGUGGACUAUGCUCGCUUCCACAAGACCUACGAGGUGCCGUCUACGCCCCACCUCAGUGCCAAAGAGCUGGACGAGGCCGUAAGCCGGACCUCCUCUGCUGCAUCUCCUCUCUAUGCAUGUAAAACCACACAGGACCUGAUUCCCAGGUCUGUGAGCACCUUUUGUUACGAGAACGAGAUAAUGUUGAGCUGCGGGGAGGAGGAGGAGGAGGAGGACGAGGAGGUCUUCGGCUCAACUCAGACUGUAGGUAAGGAGAAAGCAGAGGAGAGCAGGACUUCAGUGUCUGUAGACUUUCAAAAUAUGUUCCAGGACACUGCGACCAUGACGUCAGGCAGCCACAUCAUGUGUGUGCUGGACAUGGACAAUAACCAGAUGGAGUUUGACAUCCUGCAGACUGCCAUCCCUCUGGAUCCAGUGAGCUACAAGAGUGAGCAAGAGAUUCAGUGAGAUGUGACUAUCACAAGCUCCUUUUUCACCCACAGAACAAUAUCAACUUUGUCUCAAAUUACUUGUUCCUAAAGAGAUUUUUUUGGUGAAACUUUUGAUUUGCACGUGCUCAGAUUCCCCCUCCUGCCAGUGCUGUUUAUAUUGCUUAUCCAUGACAGCAGAAAUCAAGGGACAAGAACUUAUUUGUUUGCUUAGAUAACUUUUGGUACCUGAGGCCCUUUAAGGACCCCAAAGCCUGCUACGCUGGCAGUCUUUUGGUUCAUUUUAGGAAAAGUUCAAAAGCAAGAAAGCACUUUAGAGAAGUAUACAAAAACUUUAAUCAUGAGUUGACUUUAUUUACUGUAUAUUUUGCACACAAUUGCAAAAACGUAACUUUUUCUGAGUGUGUAUGGAACAGAUUUUGUGAAGGCAAAAGCACUUUUAGAGUUCUUCUUUUUACUUUAUAAAGAGGACCAAACUCAAGACUUUUGAAGUCAGAUUUUAACUUGCACUGUUUGUCAAAGUGCAUGGUAAGUGAAUGCUUGAUAUUUUCAUAGAUGUAACAUUAUUUACAUCCACAGAGUUCUCUUCUCCCUCCUUUUGCACUUUAGUGAGACUGUGUAUUUUCUUAAAUCCCCACCUGUGAAUGUUCUUACAUAAGAUUCAGUCAAAAAACGACAAAUGUUGUUCUUAUUGUUGCUAUGAGCUUUACCUGGUCUUUAAACACUGACAUUUGGUUGGAAAUGGGAUGAAGUCAUGUCUGGACAUCUAAUUUAAAAGUAUUCUAAUAAUCUGAAACAUUAACAUGUCUGAAAACACAAUUUUGUCUUUAGAUUGUGCAGGAUUUGGGACGCUGUGAAAAAUGUGAAUGAAAAACAAAUUUGAUGGUUUUCAAGAUCCUGUCAACCCUAAAUUUAACUGAAAACAGAUAUUAGUGAUAACGUAAAAAAGAUAUUGAAUGUUUGAUUGCUUUGUGAUUGUUUUAUAUGUUCAUUUUAGAAUUUGAUGCCAGCAAGAACUAACACUUUGAACAGGAAAAUAUAGAAAAAAUGUGUAAUGCUAUGAUGUUAAGAUAUUAUUUUGAUCAUUUAUGAAAAUGUAACUGAAUUACUGAAGUGUUUGAAUAUUUAAAAGGGUUUGUCCGUCAGUGUAUGGCAGCUCAUCUGCACUGUUUGAUUUCUAUUGUAUUGUUCUUACUGCAACAUAAAACAAUGGGAGCUAUCUUCACUUCAGGAAAGAUACAACUGUAAAUACCAUUUUGUGUCAACAGAACGUAUUCAAAUGUUUUCUCCUGCUUUGUGUUUAUUAAAAGCUUUUCCAACUCCUUGUUUUAACAUGAACCACAGCAGGAACACUUUGUUCUACUUGAAACAACCUGAGCUGAAAAAACUCACUUACAGAGCACUUUAUUUACCCUUUGUAAACCUUUCAAUAUUGCAAAUAAAUAUUUCUAUGAGUGUU